AUGGAUGAUGGUCUGGACUACGUCGAUUUUGCUGUUCAAAGAGCCCUUAAAGUUCAGAAACACCUGUGUAUGAAUACAGACAAAAAUAAUAUUCCCUCUGUACUCACGUUCUUUGACCGCUGUGGGUUCUAUCAAUCCUUGGAUCGAAAAAGGUAUGAAGAUGCGAAAUCAUCUUUUAUAUUCUGUGGCUUGAUAUUUGAGGCCUACAUGCUUGUCAUCCAAAGAGGCGAAGUCAUAGAGCCAGGGACACUCUACUGUUUGGAGCUCUCUUCGCAAGCUGUUGACAGUAUGGUAUCUGUUAUAAAAAACCCAAAUAACAACUCCAAUCUCGGUAAUCUUUGGCUCAAAUUACGGGAGCUGCAACUUGACUUCAAGGUGACGGCUUGCGAGAAGCUCGGGGCAGUAUUCAAUAAGCAGCUUGCCGCCAAGAUCGAAAUGCAAUUAUUCUAUUUGGAAGAUAUUGUAAAGGCGGUUGACAAAUACUACGCGCUGUCUUAGCUAAGGUUAUCUCGCUUCGAACCUGAUUUGCUCAGUUGUUACACCCGUUUCCCAAAGUACAACCGUAUCAGAGGAGAUUGAAGGAGAGG